CAAUGGGGGUGGUGAAGGAUCAUCAAAUUUCAUCGAUUUUGCGCCUCUUAUUGAUCAGACACCAAUUACAGUUCAUCCUCGAUUACCACUCGAAACUGUUAUGGAUUUAUUCAAAAAAAUGGGGUUAGUUGGCCUUGUAACUGUUAAAGAUGUGUUAAAAUAUAUUGCGCAAAGGGAUGCUAAAGUACAGAACGAAGAUACUAGAGAUACUGAAAACACUGAUAAUACAGAUUCUAACGGUUUUAUUUAUGGAAACAGAAGGAGUUUACGGAGGAAACGUAGUAUGAUUUCAUUAUCAGAAUUGGGAAAAAGGAACGAGCGUAAUUCAUAG